AGGUUUGAGCAUUCAGCCAAACUACGGAGGAAGAUCACAACGUAUGUCUCCUUCCCACUGGAGCUGGACAUGACGCCCUUCAUGGCCUCCAGUAAAGAGAGCAGGAUGAAUGGGCAGUACCAGCAGACCAUGGACCCCUUCAACAACGACAACAAGUAUAGUCUAUUUGCUGUGGUCAACCACCAGGGGACACUAGAGAGUGGCCAUUACACCACCUUCAUCCGGCAGCACAAGGACCAGUGGUUCAAAUGUGACGACGCCAUCAUCACCAAGGCCAGCAUCAAGGAUGUGCUGGACAGUGAAGGGUACCUCUUGUUUUACCACAAACAGUUCCUGGAGUAUGAAUAGUCCCCUGCAUCAGCACAGCCGGCAGGAGGAACUGAGGGAUGACGCCAGAGGAGUUGCAUGGGAACAGGUAACACAGUGAUAAGAGAGGCAAAGUAGAAACACAAGGCUACCUGAAUCAUUCUGAGUCGCAAUGCUCACUCACACGGAACCACGCGUAGGACAUACGAUCAUGCUCCUCCGUACGACAAUUUAAGACUGAAGUGUUUGAUGUGUGGGAUAGAACCAAGAUGCAAGAACCAAACAAAAUGCGCUGAAGGGAUAUUUGCGUACCUGCAAACAUUUUUCACUGGAAUUAAGGAGAUGCAGAAGGAAGAGAAGGAAUUUACUACAAGAUCAGUCGGCUCGUUUUCAGAAAACAGACAAAAGGGCAAAAAGGUUCUUUUAAACCUUAUUUUAUCUGGGGAAGGUUUACAUGAUCACAAAUGCUGUUCUUCACCAAGGUCCGGCUUCACGCUCGCACAGCUGCACACAUUAACAAGAAAGUGUCGGGCUCUGCUUUAGCUAAGAAGUGUUUUUUUUAAUUUUAUUUAAUUUCUUGGGUGUGUCGGACAAACCCUUUUCUAAAGCACUCACCUACACACACUCCUCCAAACGACCAAAUAUUUCAAAGAAGGAAGUUUUAUUAUGCAUUUUUGCUCCAAAUGCAAAAGGUGGGGGUGCAAGGGAAUCACUUGACAAGUGAUGUUGUGAAAAUUGUACAGAUUCCAUUCAUUACCCAUGACUUUGUAGUUGUCUAGGAAAUGUUCUGUGAAACAAGGACACGUAUAUAAAGGAUCUGUUAUUUUCUGCCUUGCUGCUUCCAACAGUCACAGGGGAAAUAGAUAACACAGUGAAUAAUAUAUUUUUAUACAUCGUUUACGGUUUUGCAUUCUCUCCCUAAACUCUCACAUUGUUCGCGUGUGUUGCAUUGUGCUAUCCAAUAUGUU